AUGCCUCCGUGUCGCAGCGUGAUGGAACCCACGAAGGACAGCCCGAAGGAGCCAGAGGAGGCUUCCAUAGGGGAAGAGGAUGUGGUGGAAGAAGAGGAGCAAGAGGAGGCGGAGGCGGCGGCAGCGGAGGCGGUGAGGCGGGGGCGGAGGAGGAGACCGAGGCGGAGGAGGAGAGGGCGGAGGGGGCGGAGGGGGCGGAGGCGUCGGAGGAGCGGAGGCGGAGGCGGAGGAGGAGAGGCGGAGAAGGAGACUGAGGCGGAGGCUGAGGCGGAGGAGGAGGCGGAGGGGAUGGUGCAGGGGGUGCAGGGCGAGCAAGGAGAGCAGAGAGAGCAGGGAGAGCAGAGAGAGCAGGGGAGGGAGGAGGUGACGGCGGCGAGCCAGCAGCAGUACAGUCUCGACCCAUUCGCGGAGCUCUUCGACGAUGGCGACCUCUGGAAGACCACGGACUUCCAUGGAGGCCUUUUCGACGAUGACUUGGAGCUAUUUCGUCCCCGCCUAACUAGCGUGGUCACCCCCAGCCUGAGCGCCACGACCCCGACCAGCGAGCUGUCCAGCCCCACGUGGAGCGAGGAGGAGGAGCUGCAGCCCGGCGAGGGCGAGGGCUCUCCUGCUUCCAGCAAAGCCUCGUCCCAUAAAACUUAUCCUAAAAUAUUUCAAACAUUUAAGAAAGACUUGUCUGAAGUGACUGUAGAUAGAACUAUGUACCCAAGUUUGUAUGAAAGAGUUCAAAUAUCAGUACAAACAGAAGAAAGUUGGCUUCAACAAAUUUCUGCUCAGAAGCAACCACAAAAAGUACCAUCCCUUGAAACAAAGGUGGUACAACCAGAAACUCCGGCUGCUAAGUUAAGAGGAAAGUGGGUAAUUAAUCCUGAAGAGCGCAAACUAAGUAUUUUAUUUGAGACAGAGUUUAGUGAAGAAUUUGUAAAAUUGUUUGAAUCUCAUCUAAGAACAUUACCCAGCAUUGGGCCGCCGCCCAUUCUGUCAUAUAGAAAAGAACUUCCCUAUCCGGAUAUUGACAUCAAGGACGAAGAAGAGCUAGCACUCCAGUGUGAAUUUUGUGGAAGUGAUCUAAAAUCGUUCCCUUCUGACGCGGACAUUUACUCUGGACAAAAGCGUGUUUGCUGUUGUCUUCAGUUACAAAAUCUUCUUGAUUACAUCAAUGAGGAAAGGCUAAACAUCAAAAGAACUAAAACGGACUUAAUAAGUAUUAAUCCUCAUGCAGCCCAUGGCAGUGAGGUUGAUAGACUCAAGGCAAAGGAAAAAGCCAUUCAGAGGAAACAAGAACGUCAGAUGGCCAGACAUUUUGCAAUAGUAUCAAAUGAACAGAGCACCCCGUCAUCUGAGGACGAUUCAAAGCACUUGAAGACAAUUUCUUACCAGCUUUCUGUGGAUAUACCAGAGAAGAAGAUCAUUGAAGACACAGAUGAUAUUCAGAUUAGUAACAUCACAAUCUUUUGCUGUGAUUCCAGGAAAACAUGUGGAAAGGUCAUGAGGAACGAGCUCUUGGAGAAGCACUACAAGAAUGGAAGAAAGUUUCUCACCUCCUUUCCAGAUGGGACAACACAAAUAUUCUAUCCAUCUGGAAAUCUAGCCAUUAUCCAAGUGCCCAACAAGACAAAUGGUUUCACUUGUGUUGUCCAAGAAGACACGCCCAGCAGCCCCGCUAUCCUGGCAGUGCUCGACUCCUCUGGGAGAAGUUCCUGCUACCAUCCGAACGGGAAUGUCUGGGUAUACAUCAACGUCUUAGGAGGCCAAUACUUAGAUCAAGCUGGCAACAGAAUACGAACUUGGAACUGGUCAAGUUCCAUGCCCGCCCCAUCCUUUGUCUCAUUUAAACCCAUCUUUCUGGCUUUGAACCGUUACAUUGGAAUUCGUAUCCUAGAACAAGACAAGGUCUCCAUUAAUUUUCUAGCCAUGGGCCAACAGGCAAGGAUCAGCGUUGGAACCAAAGUAAUACUGCACAACCUAGAGGAGAUCCCAGCCCUGCGGUUCCUGAGUGGAGACGACCUGCUGCUGCUGGCCAGCUUAAUAAAGAUCCGGCGGCUGUUCCAUAAGCUGGAAGGGUGCAUGAACUUCCCCUCAAGUCAGGCUUGGGAAAAAUUAAAGCAACCUUCCUACCUCUCUUCACUCUCUCUAAAACUACUUACCCUCUGUCAUAAUUCUGGCAUAAAGAAAAAUAUAAUAGCAACAAUUAAAAAGCUAAUAAAAGAAAAAGAUUAAA